ACAUGACAUUCUGGGCUUGGAUGGGGAGGUGGAAUUGAUUUUUAAGUUGGUGGCUGUAUAAGGCAGUGUGUUGCAGACUGGAUAUAAUGGUGUGUGAUGUGAAAGAGAGGGAGGGGUGCACUGGGAACAUAGCGAAGGAGAGCGAGAGAGAGAGAGACAUAUGUGGACCACUAGAGCGGCUCUGGAGAAGGACUAAGCAGUCAUCUGUGUUCCUUGGUUGAUUGCACCUGAGUGCUGCUACCGUGCCAUAGUGAAUGCUACCUUCUGCAAAUGAUGGAUUUAUGCUUUGUGUCCCUGGAGAUCAACUGAAUUGUGGCCACAAGACUUGAACACAAUGGAGAACAACACAACCAUCUUUCAGGAUGUCACUCAGGUUGUAAAUCUGACAGAAAUGCCUCUGAACCCUCUUGAAGAGCAGGUCAUAACAAUAUUUUUGACAUUGCUCAUCUGUGUAGUUGGGAUUGCUGGGAAUAUCAUGGUGGUGCUGGUUGUGCUGCGCACUAAGCACAUGGUGACGCCGACUAACUGUUACCUUGUCAGUCUGGCUGUCGCAGACCUCAUUGUGCUCCUGGCUGCAGGGCUGCCUAAUAUCUCUGAUGUUAUAGCCUUCUGGGUAUACGGAUACACAGGAUGCUUGUGUAUAACUUAUCUUCAAUACCUGGGCAUCAACGUGUCGUCUUGCUCCAUCACAGCCUUCACCAUCGAACGAUACAUUGCUAUUUGUCACUCCAUAAAGGCACAAUUCAUAUGCACCGUUUCCCGGGCCAAGAGGAUCAUAGCUGGAGUCUGGGUCUUUACCUCACUCUACUGCAUUAUGUGGUUCUUCUUAGUGGACACAAAUGAAACCGUCUAUACCAACGGAGUGGUGGUCACUUGUGGCUACCGCGUCUCCAGGAGUCUCUACAUGCCGAUCUAUUUCCUGGACUUCACUUUGUUCUAUGUGAUCCCCCUCACUGUGGCCACUGUGCUGUACGGGCUCAUUGCGAGGAUUUUGUUCAUGAGCCCUCUGCCUUCGCAUCUGAACGACGGAGGCGGAGGAGGGUCAGUUCACCAGGGUCACUCCAACAGCACUAACAAGACUAACAAGGGUGCUGUCUCUGCAAGGAAACAGAUAACAAAGAUGCUGGCUGUGGUGGUCGUCCUCUUUGCCUUGCUCUGGAUGCCUUACCGAACACUGGUUGUUGUCAACUCCUUAAUCGACCCGCCUUACCACAACACCUGGUUCCUGCUCUUCUGCCGGAUGUGCAUCUACACCAACAGUGCCGUCAACCCCAUCAUUUACAACCUCAUGUCUCAGAAGUUUCGUGUCGCGUUUAAAAAGCUCUGCAAGUGCAACUGGCAACACAAGGAGAAGGCUGCAGAGUACAAUGUGCCGAUGUAUUACAGUGUGAUGAAGGAUUCGUCCCAUGAGAGCAAUGAACUGGUCACAGAGCAGGAGGAAGGGAGUGGCCAAACCACCAAGAGGUUCACUGAAACAGAUGAUGAUGCAAGCACUUUAAGCAUUUCUUAAUAAAGGCUUUGAUGAGUUUGUUGGGUUCAAAAGGGCAGGCUGUGUGUGUAUGAUAAUUUAUUUGUGAAAAUCUUUUAUUUUAAUGUUUAAGAUUGCUGUUGUUUCCACUUGUUAGAAAAAGUAUUUACUGACGCUGAGAUCUGUAGAUAUUCUUCUUGUUUGCUGUGGUUGUAUUUGUGGUGUAGUUGUUGUGGUACUUUUGCUUCAGUAUUGUAACAGUGUUGUAAAUACAGUACGUGAGUCCAGGCUUUAGUGUACUUCACACUGCUUAGUGGGACAUAAUGGUAUCAUAAUGUGCGUCACCAUUAUACAAAAAUGUUUUGGAAAGAAUUGCCCUCACUAUUUUAGUGCACAUAAAAAAACAUGAAGUAAGAAUGACUGGGAAAGAAUGUCCAGACUUUAUGCUAAAUAGUUUUGUCUAGAACUGGUACUGACCUAAUCAAAUUAUCAGCAUAAUGUGUCUCUUGAGAUCAAGUGCACUUGUGCUUUUCAUGUGCUCAGGCUGGAGUGUACUGUGUCCUCAGAUGCACCCCACUCUUUAACAACACUGAUGAACACACAGUCCAGUGUUUUCAUGUUUUUUAACACUGUGUCUCCCAUUUCAACAAGACAAUAUUAACAGUACAGACACCAACAACGAGAGAGAGUUUUAACUGUGCCGGCAUAUGUUUCUGACUGUGGCCAUUCAAUGCAUCACAUCACGUACCUGCAGCUACCAAGCUUUUUUGAUAUUUAAUCAAAAUUAUUCAUUAGUGUACCUCAUUUAGGUGGAGCCAAAGAACCCUAUUUCGUUAGAGGGCAAAGUAAGCUAAUUGUUAUAAAAUAUGAACAAAUAAUCAAAAUAUAAAUGAUUAUUUAAUUUAAUUAUUUAAUGGUAAUGGAAUUUUUUGCCACGCGAGUGACAACUGUAAUGUCAGCCUGCCGGUUGGUCCACCAGUUUGGUGGAAAUAGACCUACCUCACCUCAACAACUGUUGGAUAUACCUGUUAAACAUCAGCAUGUUAGCAUUGUCAUUGUAAGCAUGUUAGCACGCUGACAUUAGCAUUUAGCCUCACAGAGCAGCUAGCAUGGCUGUAGACUCUUAGUCUUAUUCAUUCAAAGCAUCAUAAUUAUAUAUCGGUCAACAGGAUAGCUAACCAGCUUCUAUAGACAGCUGUAGGCUAGCAUGGUUUGAAUUUGGAAGGUCAGCUAGACUAAACUACAUAAUUUAAAGCCUAUACACAGCCAGGGUCCACCUACACAGGUGUUUUCACUUUUGUUGCCCCAUUAGACCUAAUCUCAGAUCUGUGUGGGCGUGUACAGAGUGGGCUUGACAGCUCCCUCACUCUCCUGUUAGUUUUGUUACACCUGUUAGCGCAGGACCAUUUACACCAUUUUCAUUGUUAUUAGAUAACAAUAGACUUUGGUGGCAUUGUGUACUUCCCAGAAUAGCUCCAACUAAUUUCAACCUGACUUGAGGUAUAAUCAGCCAGAGUAAUUGAAAACACCUGUGUGGGUGUGCAGGGCCUUUAAAAUUAAGUGUUUUAAGUCUCAGUAGAAAGAAUGUUUUUCUUCAUAUACCAGCUACCUCCUCUUUUACUCCUUGAAUUUGUCACUGGAUUUACUGACAGCCAUUGAAGCUCUGAUAGCAAACAAAUCAGUUCCAAUUCAAAACAUCGGCCAAGUCAGAGAAUGAAAAUAAAGUUGUCUUUUUUAGCCACUGGAGACAUGCAACAUAUCUGACAGCAAGUGCAUUAUGGGAAAAAUACUGUGACGUUAAUUGUUGCCAACAAACUUGCUUUCGCCCUCAUCUUACUGCUGUCGUCUUGUGCUGUCGGUCACGUUACUGCAUGUCUCUGCAUCUCAACAUAUCCAUCCCAUGUAUGAAUCCUUUUCACAAUCUGUUCAAUAUAUUUGUCUAUUCUAUAUAUUGUACAUGUUUGAGCCAGAAGCUGAUCUUGUGUUUUUAACAUAUUUUGUAAACAGGCUUUGUAGUUUCCUGUGGACUGUGGGAUUAAUUAAUAUUUCAGCCCGUUAUUCAUGAGAGUUUUGUGUUGAAUUAAAAUAAAUCUUGACAGUUUUCAUCCAGUAUUUACUUUAGAAAAUGUAAUGAAUGAUUUAAUGUAGAUUUACAUAAACUGAAUUGAAACUGUAGCUCUAACACAUGUUUGCAUACAGCAUCGGUACUGUCCCUGAAUAGGGAAUAACAGAUGGAUCAUUUCAAGGA